AUAGACACUUCUAAAAUGAGUAGAGAACAAUUAGAAUUAUACUCCCAUAAAAUCUUAGAGGAAAUGGAACGGGAGCGCGAGGAGAGAAAUUUUUUUCAACUCGAACGCGAUAAAUUGCGGACUUUUUGGGAAAUUACUCGGAAUCAAUUAGACGAAGCGCGAGCUACUAUAAGAAAUAAAGAGAGAGAAAAAGAAGAAUUAUUAGAAAAGCAUGACGAAGAAAUAAAAUUAUAUAAUCAAAAAGUGAAACAUUUAAUGUAUGACCACCAUAAUAAUUUAUCAGAGACAAAGGCUGAGCAUAUGGUGGCACUAAAGCUCGCUCAGGAUGAUCACAAUGAAGAAGAGAAUGAGCUGAUAAAUGAUAAGAAAGAGUUGAGAAAAAUCCAAAAGGAAAAUGAACUCGCUCAUAUUAAUGAAAUUCGUUCGCUGAAAUUGAAAAAUGCUGAAGAAAUGAGCGAGAUGAUAAAGAAGUUUGAGUCUGAAGCCAUGGAAAUGGAGCAGAAGUAUGAAGAAAAAUUAAUGAGUCAGUGGGAGUCGCUUAAUUUGAAACACAGAAUGGAAAUAUCGGAAAUUGAGGAGCGUAAAAAUAUGCAGAUUGCGAGUUUAAUUAAGAAUCAUGAGAAAUCUUUUACUGAUAUCAAAAAUUAUUAUGAUGAUAUCACUGUUAAUAAUUUGUCACUUAUUCAAAGUCUUAAGGAACAAAUGGAAGUUAUGAAAAAUAAUGAAGAAAGAAUGAAAAAACAAGUACGAGAAUCAAUAAGUGAAAAUAAAAAAUUGAUAAGUGAUUUAAAAUCAGCUGAAGAACAAGUCGUUGAAUUGAGUCGUCAGUUAACAAAUUAUGAAAAAGAUAAAUUAUGUCUUUCUAAUACGAAAAAAAGAAUGACAGCCGUAGCUAAAGAUUAUGAAAACCUUAAGUGGGAAAAUGAAGUUUUGGAAAUGAGAUUUGAAAAAUGUCAAAAAGAACGCGAUGAAUUACACUCGAGAUUCGUCUCUUCUAUUUUGGAACUGCAGCAGAAGACGGGAUUGAAGAAUGUGCUGUUGGAAAAGAAAUUAGAAAAACUAUCGGAAAUUUUAGAGCAGAGAGAAGCUCAGAUUGGCCAAGUUUUAGCAACUGCUCAGUUAGAUCCCGGUGCCAGUGGAGAAAUUAAUCAGAGAUUUGAGGAUAUUUUGAAUCGCAAAAAUACAGCGAUACAAGAUCUGCAAUACGAUUUAGCAAGAGCUUGUAAAGCACACGACGACUUAUUAUUAAAUUAUGAAAAUAAAUUACAAGAGUACGGAAUUUCUGAUUCGUCAUUGGCGCCACCACUCAGCGCAAUAAGAAGAAAAAAAAAUAAUCACUUGUAA